CGGACCUCAGCCCCCCGCUCCCCAUCCCAUCCAGCUGCCAACAAUGCCCCCCACCCAUUUGUACUUAAGGGGAGAGCAGCCCAUGGACUGGGGAGUGGGGGAAAGGAGCCACAGGCCCAGCGACCCCGAGUUCGUGGGAAACCUCCGUGGGCCUGGCCAGCCCCGGGCUCAUUCGUGAGCCUGCCCCGUGCUGGAAGAAGGGACCGGCUCUGGGGCCGGCCCCUGGCCUUCGCUGCCUUGCCCUGUUCCCAAGCCCACAGCCACAGCCUUCUCUUCCUCGGACCCCCGCCAGCUGCGUGCCAGACACCCGGGGGGAUGGAGACGGUGGGAAAGUUUGAGUUCAGCCGGAAGGACCUCAUUGGCCACGGGGCCUUUGCUGUGGUCUUUAAAGGAAGGCACAAAGAGAAACAUGAUCUGGAGGUGGCGGUCAAGUGCAUUAACAAGAAAAACCUGGCCAAGUCUCAGACCCUGUUGGGGAAGGAAAUCAAAAUCCUGAAGGAACUGAAACAUGAAAAUAUCGUGGCCUUGUAUGAUUUCCAGGAAGUGGCCAGCUCUGUGUACCUGGUUAUGGAGUAUUGCAAUGGGGGUGACCUCGCUGACUACCUGCACUCCAUGCGGACCCUGAGUGAGGACACUAUCCGGCUCUUCCUCCAACAGAUUGCGGGCGCCAUGAAGAUGUUGCACAGUAAGGGUAUCAUCCACCGGGACCUGAAGCCCCAGAAUAUCCUUUUGUCCUACUCGGGGGGCAGAAAAUCCAACCCCAACAACAUCCGAGUUAAGAUUGCUGAUUUUGGAUUUGCCCGUUACCUUCAGAACAACAUGAUGGCAGCCACGCUCUGCGGUUCUCCCAUGUACAUGGCCCCUGAAGUCAUCAUGUCCCAACACUAUGAUGCCAAAGCUGAUCUGUGGAGUAUAGGGACAAUCAUUUACCAGUGUCUGACGGGCAAAGCCCCUUUUCAGGCCAGCAGUCCACAGGAUCUGCGACUGUUCUAUGAGAAGAACAAGACGCUAUUGCCCAGCAUCCCCAGGGAGACAUCCAGCCCCCUGAGACAGCUGCUUCUGGGUCUUCUUCAGCGGAACCAUAAAGAUCGGAUGGACUUUGACGAGUUUUUCCAUCACCCUUUCUUGGAUGCGAGCUCCUCCAUCAAGAAAUCUCCUCCAGUGCCCAUGCCCUCGUACCCCAGUUCAGGUAGCUCUUCCAGCAGCAGUUCUGCCUCACACCUGGCCUCACCUCCUUCACUGGGGGAGAUGCAGCAGCAGCUACAAAAGACCCUGACCUCCCCAGCCCCAGAUCCGGGGGGCUUCCUCCAGGGCUCCAAGGACUCCGGUGGCAGCAGCAAGAACUCUUCCUGUGACACGGAUGACUUCGUCAUGGUCCCUGCCCAGUUCCCAAAUGACUUGACAGGGGAAGCUGCUGGAGCCAAGGCCCCUCAGGACAGUUUGAUGUAUAGUGGGAGCUCCCUGGUAACUUCAGCUGGGCUGGAGAGCCAGGGACGGACGCCAUCUCCCUCACCCCCCUACAGUGGUUCCCCCAGCCCCUCUGGCCGACCCAGUGCGUUCUCCAGUAGCAGGUACGGCCCAUCCGUCCCCAUCCCUGUGCCCACUCAGAUCCAGAACUAUAGGAGAAUCGAACAGAACCUCCAGUCUCCCAACCAGUACACUCCGCCCCCACCACGGUCCGGCAUGGUCCGGAGGUCCAGUAGUACGAGCCCCUUGGGCUUUAAGACUGGCAUCUCUCCCCCCUCCUUCCCCGAGCACGGAGCCACCUUUCCCAGGAAGUCUUCUAUGGGGGGUGCCAAGCCGUACAACCCAUCUCCCCAAGCUGGAGCUAUCCCGGAGCGUCCAGGACAGAGCAGGAUCCCCUCGCCUCAAGGCACCGAGAUGUGUGGAGUUGGCAGCGGCGGCAGGCUCUCCAGACCUGGCACUUCUCUCCCAGAACACUCUCCUAGGGGACUGGGCUACCGUCUGCACAGUGCCCCCAACCUCUCUGACCUGCAUGUGGUGAGGCCCAAACUGCCCAAGCCACCCACGGAACCUCUGGUAGCCCCCUUCGGUUACCCCCAGGCCAGCCCCCCCCAGCAGCACUAUGGGCUGCAGCCAUGCCGGACCCUCAGGGCAUCCCCGAAGCUGCCAGACUUCAUGCAGCGGAACCCCCUGCCCCCCAUUCUGGGCUCCCCCACAAAGGCUGUCCCUGCUUUUGAGUUCCCCAAGACACCGAGUUCCCAGAACCUGCUCACUCUCCUGGCCCAUCAAGGGGUCGUGGUGACCCCAACACGGAACCGGACUCUGCCUGACCUCCGAGAGAUGGGCCACUUCCACAGUCCACCCAGCCUGGGCCUGAGGCCCGUGGAAGAGCUCAAGGGACCCUUUGGCAGGUCCCUCAGCACUGGCCGCCUCACUGACCUGCUUCUCAAAGCUGCAUUUGGGUCCCAGGCCCCUGACACCGGGAGCAAUGAAAGCCUUCAGGAGAAACCCAUGGAGAUCGCACCCUCUGCUGGAUAUGGAGGGAAUCUGCUCCCUGGGGCCAGGGCUGGGGGCUCUUCCAGCCCCUCUCCUGUCAUAUUCACAGUGGGCUCCCCUCCCAGUGGCACAACUCCACCGCAAGUCCCUCGAACCCGGAUGUUCUCAGGUCCCUGCUGGCUGCCUCUCCUUCACACACACGCAGACACCCUCCUGGGCUCCUCCAGUUCCCAGAGCUCGGGCGGUUCCUUCAGCGGCCGCCACCUGAUCCCCGGCAUGGGAGGAGAGGCGGCAGAGGCCCCGGCCAAUCUGCGCUGCUACGGCUUCACCGAUCCCAUCACUGCCAACUUGGAGGGGGCCGUGACCUUCGAGGCCCCCGACCUGCCCGAGGAGACGCUCAUGGAGCAAGAGCACACAGACAUCCUCCGAAGCCUCCGCUUCACACUGGCCUUUGUCCACUGCGUCAUGGAGAUGGCCGCUGCCAAGGGCAGCUCCGGCGAGAUGGGCAGCUCCAUGGCCUCUGAGUACCACCUGCAGGAGAGCAUCGUGGCCGACCAGAUCAGCCUGCUGAGCAGAGAGUGGAGUUACGCGGAGCAGCUGGUGUUAUACCUGAAGGUGGCCGAGCUGCUCUCCUCUGGCCUGCAGACCGCUAUCGAGCAGAUCAAAGCAGGGAAACUGUGCCUGUCGUCCACCGUCAAGCAAGUCGUGCGGAAACUGAAUGAGCUCUACAAGUCCAGCGUGUCCUCGUGCCAUUGUCUGAACCUGCAACUGCAGAAAUUCUUCCUGGAUAAGCAGAGGCUCAUGGACCGAAUCAACAGCAUCACGGCCGAGAAGCUGAUCUUCAACUAUGCUGUGCAGAUGGUACGCUCUGCAGCCCUGGACGAGAUGUUCCACCACCGUGAGGAUUGUGUCCAGCGCUACCACAAGGCCUUGCUGCUCAUGGAGGGCCUCCAGCAGAUCCUUACAGAGCAGGCAGACAUCGAGAACAUCAACAAAUGCAAGAUGUGCAUUGAGCGGAGACUUUCGGCCCUUCUGUCUGGCAUUUGUGCCUAAGCCCCCUCCCACCGUGCAGCUCCUCUGCCCACUCGCCAGCCUUUUACGCUUCACGGGACACCAGUCCAUCCACUCUCCAGCCGUGGGUCCGUUCCUCGCUACCGCGUGGGCCGCACAGACUUGUCGGAACAAGGCUGUUGGAUCUGUCUCCAGGAAUCCACGCCCUGGACCUCUGCCUCCCCUCCCAGGAACAGAGCCAAGGGGCUCCACGAUGACUGCAGUCGCCACUGGGUCAGCCACUCAGAAACGGGGCAGGAUGGGGGGGUUUCUCUCCCUGGGGGAGACCAGAAUUUCCGUCCCCGUCGUCCUUUGUCCUUUGAAGAGAGUCAAGCUGCUACAGAAUUAACUCUUAACCAUUUCCAGGGGUCGGGCCCGUCCGAUGCUGUGUCUGUUGCAGGCAGUGGGCACAGGGACGCAAGGAAGGGACCCCAAGCAUGAAACCCCGACACCAGGCCAGUUAUUUUCCCCACCUCUCCCCUCCCCUCCAUGCUUUCUGCCAGUCCAAUCACUUUUCCAAGAUGGCUCUCCCCCCACCUGGCACUCCAGCAGCAAACUACCUACCUGCACACGGCCAGGACUGGAGCCACCCAAGGUGGGAUGGGGGAACUGGGGGGGAAAAGAAAAAAAGACCGACUUUUUCGCCUCAAGAACUUGGAUGAUUUUUUGUGUGCUGGAUCUCUUGAACGCCAAAAUGUGCAUCUUCUCAGCGGCUCCAUCCUCAACAUGGCCAAAUGGGAACGCACAUCAUCUCUUGCUUUUAAUCUGACUUUAAGGGGGGGA